AGCCAUCCAUCCUCCCCUUCCCCUCUCUCCCCGGCCCUUCUCUCUCUUUCUCUCUCCAGGCCCCCAUCGCCUCCGCGGGCCAGGGAGGCGCCGGCCGCCACCAUGAGUUCCUUCAGCUACGAGCCGUACUACUCGACCUCCUACAAGCGGCGCUACGUGGAGACGCCCCGGGUGCACAUCUCCAGCGUGCGCAGCGGCUACAGCACCGCGCGCUCCGCUUACUCCAGCUACUCGGCGCCCGUCUCCUCCUCGCUGUCCGUGCGCCGCAGCUACUCGUCCAGCUCCAGCUCUUUGAUGCCCAGCCUGGAGAACCUCGACCUGAGCCAGGUAGCCGCCAUCAGCAACGACCUCAAGUCGAUCCGCACGCAGGAGAAGGCGCAGCUCCAGGACCUGAACGACCGCUUCGCCAGCUUCAUCGAGCGCGUGCACGAGCUGGAGCAGCAGAACAAGGUCCUGGAAGCCGAGCUGCUGGUGCUGCGCCAGAAGCACUCCGAGCCGUCCCGCUUCCGGGCGCUGUACGAGCAGGAGAUUCGCGACCUGCGCCUGGCGGCGGAAGACGCCACCAACGAGAAGCAGGCGCUGCAGGGUGAGCGCGAGGGGCUGGAGGAGACGCUCCGCCAGCUGCAGGCGCGCUAUGAAGAGGAGGUGCUGAGCCGCGAGGACGCCGAGGGCCGGCUGAUGGAGGCGCGCAAAGGCGCAGACGACGCGGCGCUGGCCCGCGCCGAGCUGGAGAAGCGCAUCGACAGCCUCAUGGACGAGAUCGCUUUUCUGAAAAAAGUGCACGAGGAGGAGAUCGCCGAGCUGCAGGCCCAGAUCCAGUACGCUCAGAUCUCGGUGGAGAUGGACGUGUCCACCAAGCCCGACCUCUCCGCCGCGCUCAAGGACAUCCGCGCGCAGUACGAGAAGCUGGCCGCCAAGAAUAUGCAGAACGCCGAGGAGUGGUUCAAGAGCCGCUUCACGGUGCUGACCGAGAGCGCCGCCAAGAACACCGAUGCCGUGCGCGCCGCCAAGGACGAGGUGUCCGAGAGCCGCCGCCUGCUCAAGGCCAAGACCCUGGAGAUCGAGGCUUGCCGGGGCAUGAACGAAGCGCUGGAGAAGCAGCUGCAGGAGCUGGAGGACAAGCAAAAUGCCGACAUCAGUGCUAUGCAGGACACAAUCAACAAAUUAGAAAAUGAAUUGAGAACCACGAAGAGUGAAAUGGCAAGAUACCUGAAAGAAUACCAAGACCUCCUCAAUGAAUAA